GUGAUCGGUGACGUUGUUAGAGAGAGAAAAUGGGGAAAGGAAGCGAAAUGGAAGGCAUUGAAGUACCUGAAGCCGUCACAGAUACUCUCAGGAGUACUUUGGAGAGCCUUCAACAACUUGAAACUCAGUUACCCCAAUUUCUCUCUCUCUCUGACCCUGAACUCCUCGCUGAGUUGCCACUCGUUCAACGCGCUCACUCACUCUUCUACCUCGCCAAACUCACUUCAACCCUCUUCUCAUUGAAGUUGAGGUGCAGAGGGGUCAACCCAAAUGGCCAUCCCGUCAAAUCAGAGCUUGACAAGAUAAACGUGUUACAGAAGAAACUGGAACGAUUUCCCCGAUUGAGUGAAGCACAGAAGCAAGACGACUUGGGCAACAUAAGUGGAGGGGAGGGACCAGAUAUGAACUAUCAGGAACGGGCUGGUCAAAAGAGGAAGUAUUCAUCUUCUGAAGAACAGUUUGUUCAAAUUGAUGCCAUGGAGUCUCUCAACAAAGAAAAGGAGGAACUUGGUGAUAAUAAUGGAAAUGUUAAGAGAGCAAUAGUGAUUGACAUUUCAGAUGAUGAUGAAGACGAGCUACUUGCCCCUUAGUUUUCCCGAAUUCUGUAUAUGUGACUAACAUGGAGCUGUGUUCAUGGGAGGGUUACAUUGCUUAGUCCUUGCUGCUGCUAUUCAAUGUUUUUGGAUAAGUUUCUCAUCAAUUCUUGGUGACUUGCACUCCCAAUACUGUUCUCCUAUUUCCAAUGGCAAGUGGGUUGCAUACCAACAUGUUUUUACCUGUCAACUAUCCGAGGUGCACUGCAUGUGUGCAUGUAUAGUUGCAAUCUCUAUUUUAAUUCUCUACUUGACUUAUCAUCCCAUUUGUGCUUAACAGUUAACUAGUUAACAUUGUUUGCGGCAGCGAAAUUUUUUUGGCUUGGGCAACUAUGCUAAGUAAUGUUUUGAAGUUAGAUUUAUGCUUUCAAUUAUGUACAUGGCUUCAUAUCCAUUCACCAGCUUGUUGCUCAAGUCGAUCACAUUUUGUAAUUUUAACUAGAAUGCUGGCAACUGAUCUGGUGCUUAGGUUGGUCAAAUAUGCAUAAGACUCUCAAAACUUUGAUUUGGUUAUAAAAGCACAAGUCCAAGUUCAUAUUA